AUGGCAAAAGAGUCCUCAAACCCUACGACAUACUUUCACCAAAAGACAUUUGGACAAAAUAUUCGACUAGAUCAUAAUGCAUUAAGAGCCACUCGAAAUACAUCAUUUGAUCAUGGUAUUACAUUUACAAAUAAACAAAUAAAAAUAAAUGAACGUAUACAUAUGAAAAUCGUUGAUAUCGAUGAAAGCGGCCAAUGGUUAGGAUCAUUAGCUAUUGGUUUUGUUCAAACUAAUCCAGACAACAUUCAAAGUCGUGAUUUAUGUAAAUCUGCUAUGCCAAAUAUUUGUCAAAAGACUGUAGUAUCCUAUGUUAAACGUAUAUUUGACAAACUAACAAGAAAUACUGUGAUUACAUUCUAUUAUAAUCAAGAAGGAGCUUUUUAUAUGUUGGAUGGAAACGAACAAGAUAUAUGCAAGAACAUUGAUUUCAACAGGCCCAUGUGGGGUGUUAUUGAUCUAUACGGAAAUGUGAAAAGCGCUAUUUUGGUCGGCCCACUCAAUACGAUAGCAGAUAGCAGAGCAUUUUUUAUCAAAUAUAAUCAACAGCCAGACAAAUUACCAUUGCAGUAUUUCACGAAAGUAAACCCUGCCAAUCUUCAACCAGUUACUUUUCAUGAAGUUCAUGGACCCGAACUUGACUUAUAUUGUCAAAAUGCAGUUGUCUUCCGAAAAAAUGUUCGAAAACUCUCACGUCCUUAUAUAUUUCUUGAUUUUCCAAUGAAACCUGGCGAUGAAUUUUAUAUACGUAUUUUAUCGCUUGAUUUUAACUAUCGAAAACCAGGAGUUAUUGGUUUUACCACUGCUCAACUACCAGACAUUUUGAAUCAUUUCGAAAGACUACCUGCUGAUGAUCCAAUGGCUUUAUGUGAUCGUCCUGAAUUUUGGGUUAUAAACGAAGAUGCAUUCGACGAAACAUUAAAUGAACUUGAUGAGUUUCAUUUUUCAUAUGAAAAAAAUGGUGAUAUUUCAAUGUCGCACAAUAAUGGAUCAAAAUCUCCAACAAAAACUAUAGCAUGUGGAGAUCCUAGUCGGCCAUUUCAUCCAUUCUUUUUCCUGAAUGGUCGUAUAAUGUCAUUCUCUUUAAUCGGUCCUAUUUCAGUAACAAAAGUGAGGUCUACAGCGCCAGGUCCAAAAGAGGAUGAUGGUUUAUGUCAGUUGUGUUCAGAUGCACCAGCAAACUGUGUGAUGAUUCCAUGCGGUCAUCUAUUCUUUUGUUCUGAUUGUAGAACUGACUUUGAAGUAAAAUUUAAAAAACAUUGCCCGAUUUGCCGACUAGAUUAUACUGAUGUUAUUGAAAUUCAAAGUGAUUAG